CGAUAAUCAACGUCUUCAACUCAAUUCGGUCGGACAGGCAUUCCGCCGAUUAUUCCCACCAACUUUAUCUCCGCAGUUUCGAUCCAAUUUCCAUAAUUCAAAAUGCCCCAGUACACGUCUCGUGACGUCGGCGACCCGUCGCAGAUCAAGAAGACCAGGCAGUCGAUGGCCGACCUGAAGUUGAGGCGAUUGACAGAGCUGAACAACCGCUUGAGGGAGGAUCUCGACCGUGAGCGCAUCCCUGUCAGCACUGCGGCGAAGAGCAUCAUUGCUUACUGCAACGGCACGAGAGAUUACAUGGUGCCUUCGACUUGGGGCGCUGUCCCCAAGGGCGAGGACCCCUACGCUCCACAACAAUCCGGUGGCUGCUGCGUCGUCAUGUGAAGUGAGAAACUCAAGAAGAAUAGUAACAGCCUGAGCGUCUGGGAAGCGAUCCGAAGGAAUCGAAAUCCAAGGAGAGAGGUACG